AUGCUAGCAAGCCUCGAGCUAUCGUACAACGACAAAGAGAAGGACAUCUCGGUUUUUUUCCAGCUGGACCGAACCCGGGAGAAGGUGGACCACCGCCAUGACUGGCUGCGCGAAAAGGGCUACGGGAACUAUUGGCGUAUCGGCCGCUACAUCAUGUGCAGCUACCAUCACCGCGGCGGUAAGGCUGGGCUGGACACCCUUUACAGUUGA